CAAAUGGAUCUCUUUAGCGAUGGAACCAGAUGAGCAACAAGAUGCACGACGAUACUUCUACUCAAAAAGUGGCAUCCCUGGUGUUGUGAUGUGUGUUGAUGGAACACACAUAAAAAUUAUUGCCCCAGUGGACGAUUACGAUCAGCAUUUUAACCGGAAGGGCUAUUACAGCUUAAACGCGAUGAUUAUUUGCGACCAUCUCAUGAAAAUUCGUUAUGUGAAUGCCAAAUUCGGAGGAGCCAAUCACGAUUCACAUAUUUGGAAUGUAAGUGGAAUGAACAACUUUUUCGAAACAAAACAUCGAAGCGGAGAAACUGCAUUCAAGCUACUAGGUGAUGCUGGAUACCCGUCAAAACCGUGGUUAAUAACACCAAAACGUAAUCCUGCUCCAAACACACCAGAAGCUGCCUUUAAUAAAAACCAUUCUUUAGGUAGAGAAAUAGUGGAGCGCACGAUCGGGUUGCUCAAAAAUAGAUUCAGAUGUUUGUUAGGUGCUCGACAGUUGCACUACACCCCAGUAAAAGCAACUCAAAUAACGAACGUAUGUUGUAUCUUACACAACAUGUGCAUUGCGUAUGGAUUGGAAGAGCCAAGCUCAGAUGAAUAAAAGGCAACUAGAGGCAGGCUAGAGGUCAAGUUCAUUUAUUUUUUUAAGUUCAUCACAUAAGUUUGCAUCACAAAAAGAGUUCAUUUAUCACAGUUCAGUUAAUAGAAAUUCAAUUAAUAAAAACAUUAAACGCUAACUUACAACUAAAAU